UGUCUGUAUUAAUUCGGACGUUGAAUUUUAAAAAAGUAAUCUUAAAAAUGGAAAUGCUUCUAGCAUCUUUCAAUAUUGUCAUAUUAGCUUACGUAUGUUUAUUUUUUCUUAUCGGUGGUAUUAUAACAAAGGCCUCGGAGCUAACGAGUUUUGGGUUUCAUUAAGGUUCUUUUAAAGGUAUCUUCGAUUUAAAGUUGACGUCCAUAUUUACAAAGUCGCCCUGCUACUAAGAAUUGUUUUUAAAAUUAUUGAUAUCUAAUUUUACUGUAAUAGUUUUGAAUUAGAUAUUCCUUAACUUCAAACUGUGACUUGCGACGCUCGUGACUGGCACCGGUUCGUGACUAUCGCUGUCAUCUCUAUUAAGAAGUGCACUGGACAGCUAUAAAAACGUCCAUAGAUAUAUUUUGUAAAAUAACUGCUAGAUAGACGUCACCCUUACACUAAUGGAAAAUAAAUCAGCUGUCUCUGCUCUUCAGGAAUUCUGCGCCAAGUCGAAGAAUAUUCCUCCAACGUAUGAUUAUAUCGAUGGUGAAGACGGAGGAUACGUUUGUAAAGUAGUUCUCAUGGAAAUUGAAGCCUACGGAAAUGGCCGGUCAAAGCGUGACGCCAAACAUCUGGCUGCCGCCAACAUCCUGCGUAAAAUCAGGAAACUCCCCGGCGUUGAAAGUUUGCUGGAGGAGUGUGAGACCAACACGGUGUCCGAUCUGUGCGAGGAGCUUACCAACCUGAACCGGGAUAUGCUGAAGGAGCUGCGGGACUACUGCGUUCGCCACGAGAUGCCGCUGCCCACUAUCGAAAUUGUCCAGCAGAGUGGCACUCCGAACGCCCCGGAAUUCGUGGCCUGCUGCUCCGUGGCCUCCAUUAUUCGCUACGGAAAGUCGGACAAGAAAAAGGAUGCUCGCCAGCGAGCAGCUAUCGAAAUGCUGGCUAUCAUCAUGAACGAAGCGGAUAAUGGACGUACGGAUAAAAUGCAGGUGGUGAGUACGGAUGGGAGCAACCUGGACGAUGCUAUGGAGGACCUUGAGGCGGAACGCCGGAAGAAGUUUAACACCUACAGGGAGCUUACAGAGGCCGGAAGUGUGGACAACUCGGGUCUGCGCCUCUGCGAUCGACACAACUACUUCAAGAACUUCUAUCCCGCCCUCAAGGAAGCUGCUUUCGAGGUCAUCCGUUCAGACGAUUACGUCACCACAAAGGAUAAGACUUUAAGCAUGUUGAGCGCCUUAAAGAUUAGACCCUCGAUCAGAACUCUGGAGUCGUCGUCGAUGGAACCUCUGCUGUGUGUCGAGCUGAAUUGCGCCUUCGACGUGGUCUUUGUGGCACUGGAAAGCAAGAUCUACGACCAGAUAAUUGAGUACUUUAGCACAAUGCUGAUCUAGUUAAUACCGUUUCCAAUAAAUAUAACAUUUAUUUUUAACUAGUUCGGCUUACAAAUAAGUAAACGUUCUCUUAUUUACAUUCUAAACAAGGUCAGAUAAUGCACAUAUUUCUCUUUAACUUACGACUUAUUCUGCUAAUACCAUUGCCCACAGUAGAGGGUGUAUAACGUGAAAAAGUAAUUUGUUCAAGGUAUUCUGUUAAACGUCUAUGUUAACUUUGUACAAUAAUGAUAAGGCAAACAAGAUUGAAGCCAGAUGCAAUAGGGAAAUCAAAUGGCACUUUGACUUUUGAAAAAGGGGAGUUCCCCUUAAUUCAGAGCGCUGUUUUCCGAUACCAAUGCUAAUUAAAUUUGAUGAAUCGUUAGGGACAUGUAAUCGUAUUUAAGUAACUAAUUGGAACAUUUUAAAAGUUGAAUGAUUAUUUUAUACAAUUAAUUUUAUACAAAUUUCAAUUGAACUUUCACAACUGCAAUUACCAUUAAAAAAAACGUUGAAAACCUUUGACCGGACUAAAAAGUGUAAAAAAUUGAAUAUUAAGAAACAAGCCUACAUAUGUGAUAUCCUUUGAUAAAAGGCAAUAUAAAUACAUCAUAAAAAAUCAAAAUUGUAACCGGUACAAUAAAAAAUACUAUUAGCUGGUUGAAAUAUGCCUUCAUAAAUUACACCAAAAGUUAAGUUGUUUUAUACAAAACAUGCUCUUUUAUAUAAGACUUACACAAAUUUCGUAAAACUAAUAAAAUGUUACAUCUAACUGUGAAAUAA